AACACAAUCUCCCACCGGCGCCACAAACUCUCAAUCUCUUCCAAUUCUCCAUAUUGGUUUCUUAGCUGUCACCUCACAAAACUUCCAACGCUUACUCCCGUGUACCCGCUCGCUUAAUAUUACACCUUCCUCUUUACACCUGCUAUACGGGAUACUCCUAAGUACCUAACCCAUCCCCGCGCCUUGCCAGGGCUGAACACUACAAUGGGUCUCUGCAGCGUCUGCGAGACGAUCGAAUUCGAGCAUGUCCCUGCACUACCAAAGCACUUAGAUGCCGGGUACUCAUCCCCGUGGAAAGGCCUCAUCCGCCUGUCGUCGAACCUGUAUUUCGCCAAAGCGCGUAAGAAUGGAGAAGCGACGGAAGGCGAAGAGGAGCUGAAGAAGGAGGCAAUUACCCAACCACUAGGCGUCCCGUUCCAUAAAUCGUUUGACGAGCUCGGGGUGGCAGCCGAGCAUUGCUCAAUAUGCUCGCUCGUCCGCCGGGGCGUGGCGGAUUGUUUAGCCGCGCUUGAAGAGGCGCAGAAAGAUAGUAUAUAUAAUUAUUACAAGAGGCGGAAGCAAUCCAGCGAUCCAGAGGGGCCCAUGUGGCUAGCGAGGAGACCGGAUGGGAGCGAUGGGUUUAUUGUUAUUUGUGCUGAUGGUGACUACAAUGCGUGGCUGCUGGCUGGUAUAGCGUUCUGCGUAGAAGAAGAUGAUCCAUUAAGCAAGUCUCUUCCCGGACGCAUCAUUCAGAAAGACUCGAGGUCCGAGAAGUCUGUGGCCAGAACGCUGGAUUGGGUCUCCGAAUGCAACGACCACCACACUUCGCCCAGAUGCUCGUUUGGGGACGAAGAACUCCCCAAGCGGGUCCUCGAUCUAGGGUUAAACACAUCGUCGGAUAGCAUUAAGCUUUUUGAGACGAAUGGCGAAGUGGGAAAGUACACUGCAUUGAGCCAUAUGUGGGGCCAGCAUCGUCACUUCAUCACCACAAAGGCUUCCAUCCACGCACACAAACAAAAUAUAUCCAUAAGUGACCUGCCCGCAACCUUCCAGGACGCAGUAAACUUCACCCGUAGGCUGGGCGUCCGCUAUCUAUGGAUCGACAGCAUUUGCAUAUGCCAGGAUGACGGACCCGAUUGGGAGAGGGAGAGUGCUCGGAUGGCGCAGAUCUACACCAACGCAUACCUCGUCCUUGCCGCGACUGGAUCCUCAAGUGACUCGGCUGGUUUCUUCAUCGAACGUUCUCCUCCUGAAUAUACAAAUUUCGAGUACACCUGGAAUGGAACGAAGGGUACGAUCUACGCAAGCUUGACAAGCAGUGAUGAUUCCGCAAGCGAGCACUCCGGUGAAUCUAUCGACAAUGAUCCACUUUCCAAGCGCGGUUGGGCACUGCAAGAAAGGUUCCUCGCUCGCAGGACUUUGCACUCCGGCAGCAAGCAGUUCGCCUUCGAAUGUUCCCAACAGUACAAGAGCGAAGACGGCUUCCGAGGCAAAUCACGCUUCAACGAGUUGGCCGCAAAGGACGAAGACGAAUCCGAGUCCACCUACCGGGGCCCGACGAAAUGGCAUAACCUCUUGAACGACUACUACCCCAGGAAGCUGACCAAGGAGUCCGACAAACUGCCCGCCAUCUCCGGCAUCGUGCGGGCCUUCAGCCAGAAAUACAACGACGAGUACGUCGCCGGGCUCUGGCGAUCCAACCUCAUGGAGGGCCUACUAUGGCAAGCCAUGGGCGCAAGCACAGGCAACACUUCCAGGCCGACAGAGUAUCGAGCCCCGUCAUGGUCGUGGGCAUCCAUGGAUGGACCCUUCGGGAACUUGGGCGUCGGACGGGAUUUCCUCGACCCAACGGCCCGCUGGAUCGACGUCGCGGAGAUCGGAGACUGCCACGUCGAGCUCAAGGGCGAGAAUCCGUACGGCGAGGUCACGGACGGGUACAUCACCAUCACGGCGCCGCUGGAGCGACUGGAAGCCAGCGGGGAAAAGGAACGGGAUUGGGAGACGGUGCCUCACAAGCGGGCGUUCAGGGCGAAGACGAAGAACGGUCUCCCGUUUGGUGCGUACUGUAUGUUCGAUACGAUUGACGAUGAUGCCGCCGCGAAGCUGGAGCUCUUCGCGCUCAUCCUGGUGCGGAGAAUGACGGUCAAGGACGAGCCUGACGAUCGAACGUACCAGGCGAUUCUUAUCACGCCGGUUGAGGGAGAAGAAGAAGGCGUGUACAGGCGAGUUGGGAAAUGGCUUCCCAGUUAUGAGGAUUUGGGGGAGUGCGACUGGAUGGAGGACAAGACCAAACGCACGACUGUAAAACUGAUUUGACGUCUUUCAAACCA